AAGAAAAUAGUAAAAGAAAAGACGGCUUCAAAUUCCCUCCUUGAAACUUUCUAUUCCAUUUUGCUGUUGUUCUUGUUCGUUUCAGGAACUUUUGUUGCUUGUUCUUGCCUUUUUAUUCAGCAUGAAAUAAACCUUCUUCUCAACUUAUGACACUGAAACCUUGGGAUCUGUAAUCUGAUACCUUGGUUCCUAAUUUUAUGUUUUUCAUGCAUUUCGAAAUGGGUUGCAUUCAAAUGUCUCAUUUCGUUCUGUUUUUAAUGACAUUUGUUGCUUCUCUUGGAGAUAACUCAACAGAUUCCUUAUGGCUUCUUCGAAUCAAACAAGAAGUAGUUGAUUCUACGGGAGUUCUUGACAACUGGUCACCAAGAGCUCAUAUAUGCAGCUGGCAUGGAGUAACAUGCUCAGAUGAUCAACAUGUUUUAGGCUUGAAUCUAUCAGGCUCAGGACUAUCAGGUUCCAUCUCGCACGAGUUCUCGCACUUGACUUCACUUCAAAUACUAGAUUUAUCCUCAAAUUUACUCACUGGUUCGGUUCCUUUUGAGCUUGGACAGCUUCAGAAUCUAAGGACACUGCUUCUUUAUUCGAACUCUCUUUCUGGUAAGAUUCCUCCGGAGAUAGGCCUUUUGAAUAAGUUGCAAGUCCUUAGAAUCGGAGAUAACUUGUUAUGGGGUCAAAUUCCACCAAACAUUGGCAACUUGACUGAGUUGAGGGUAUUAGGCCUUGCAUACUGCCAAUUCAAUGGGAGCAUUCCUGUAGAGAUAGGUAAUUUGAAGCAUCUGACGUCUCUUGACCUGCAAAACAACUUGCUUAGCGGCCGUAUUCCAGAAGCCAUUCAUGGCUGUGAGGAGCUUCAAAUUUUUGCAGCCUCAAACAAUCUGCUCGACGGAAAUAUCCCUUCUUCAAUAGGAUUGCUUAAAUCUCUACAAGUUCUUAACUUGGCCAACAACAGCCUUUCUGGAUCCAUUCCUGCAGAGCUAAGUCAUCUUUUCAAUUUGAGUUACUUGAAUUUGCUUGGGAAUCGAUUUAAUGGUGAACUUCCUACAGAGCUUAACCAGUUGGUUCAGCUGAAGAUACUCGACCUGUCGAAAAACAACCUCUCAGGGAACAUAAGCGUUCUCAAUACUCCCCUAAAUAAUCUGCAAGUUCUGGUUCUGUCUGAUAAUGCUUUGACAGGUAGCAUUCCAAUCAACUUCUGUCUUAACAAUUCAAAUUUGCAACAACUUAUUCUAGCUCGAAACAGGCUCUCUGGUGAGUUCCCUUUGGAGCUGUUGCACUGCUCAUCUCUCCAACUAUUAGACCUUUCUGAUAAUAGUUUCGAAGGAGAAAUACCACCAAGCCUGGCCAAGCUGGAGAACCUGACGGAUCUUGCUCUUAAUAAUAACAGCUUUUCAGGAACUUUGGCUCCUGAAAUUGGAAACAUGAGUAAACUGGAAAGCCUUUAUCUUUUUGGCAACAAGAUUACUGGUGGAAUUCCAGUGACAAUUGGCAAGUUACAAAGGCUGAGCAUUCUCUACCUGUACGAUAACCAGAUGUCAGGAAGUAUUCCGAGAGAAUUAACAAACUGCUCCAGUUUAACUAUGCUUGACUUCUUUGGCAAUCAUUUUACAGGUUCCAUUCCUGACACUAUCGGGAAGCUGAAAUAUCUUGUGCUUCUUCAACUGCGGCAGAAUGACUUAUCAGGUCCUAUCCCGCCGAGCUUGGGCAACUGCAGAAGUCUACAAUCCUUGGCUUUGGCUGAUAACAAACUUUCAGGAACAUUGCCAGCCACAUUCACAUUCCUUUCGGAACUGAGCCUCAUUACUCUGUAUAACAACUCCUUUGAAGGCCCUCUUCCUGCAUCUCUCUAUCAACUCAAAAACCUCAAAAUCAUAAAUUUUUCUCACAACAGAUUUAGUGGCAGCAUCUUGCCUUUCACUGGUUCAAAUUCUUUGACUGCGUUGGACUUAACAAACAACAGUUUCUCAGGUCCCAUUCCUCCUGAACUAGCCAUGUCAAGAAACCUAAACCGUCUUCGCCUUGCACAUAAUCAUCUUACUGGCAGCAUUCCUUCUGAAUUUGGCCAACUCACGCAGCUCAAGUUCCUCGAUUUAUCAUUCAACAAUUUCUCUGGCAAGCUAGAUCCUGAGCUCUCGAAUUGUAAAAAACUAGGACACCUCCUUUUUAACAACAAUCAACUCGAUGGCGAAAUGCCUCUUUGGCUUGGCAGCCUACAAGAAAUUGGGGAGCUUGAUCUCUCCUUCAACAACUUCCAGGGAACAAUCCCAGCUGAAAUAGGAAAUUGUUCAAGAUUACUUAAGCUUUCUCUCCAAGGAAAUAACCUAUCUGGAAAGAUCCCAGAGCAGAUUGGUUAUCUCACUUCUCUUAAUGUCCUUGAUGUGCAAAGAAACAAUCUUUCUGGAGAAAUUCCUUCAACAAUUCAGCAGUGCAAGAAGCUCUAUGAACUGAGGCUCUCGGAGAAUUUCUUAACAGGUUCAGUUCCAUCUGAGCUAGGAAGCCUAACUGAACUACAAGUAAUCUUGGAUUUAAGUAAAAAUCUUUUCACCGGUGAAAUUCCAUCUUCUCUUGGAAAUCUUGAGAAGUUAGAGAGAUUGAACCUCUCUUCUAAUCAACUCCAAGGAGAAGUUCCAUCUUCACUAGGAAAGCUGACAAGCCUCCAUGUAUUAAACUUGUCAUAUAAUACACUACAGGGCCAACUUCCCUCAACCAUUUCAGGAUUCCCGCUUAGUUCUUUCUUGGGGAAUGCAAAGCUUUGCGGCCCACCAUUAGAAUCAUGCGCAGAGUCAGCGGAACAAGGAGGAAGAAAACUGUCAAACGUUGAAGUUAUUGGUAUUAUUGCGGCUAUUGUGUUUACUUCAACGGUGAUAUGCCUGAUUAUGGUUUAUAUCAUGCUUAGAAUGUGGUUAAAUUGGAGGAAAGUUUCCAUAUCAAAUUCGGAGGGUGGUCCUGGGAGUGAACAGAGGAAAGAAGAAGAGAAAUGGGUUUAUGGAGAUGAAAAAAGAAGAAAUGGUGAGUAUUGGAGAAUGAAGUCUAUGGCAUUGGUUUCCCCACAACAUGAACACUUUUCUAAAACAUGCAUAUUCCAAUUCAAUAUGGAUAACAGGGAAAUGGAUGAUAACUUGGUCUGAUCACUUCCAGUUUUUGUUUUAAUUUGUUGCGGUUUAUUGUUUGUAAAAUUCUGUCUCUCUACAAUUUCUUUAACGAGUCAAGUAUGUUUCAAAUGCUUUUGUACCAAGAGUUGAGAGUUUAAAAAGCCUAGAAACAUUAAACACAAUAGAUGAUUUCAUAAGAGUGGUGUUAUUUUCCGUUUCAA